CACUUUCUCUGCUGAAAACCAGAGACACAGUCACUUCAAAGUCUCUUUCUUUCACUCUCUCUCUCUCUCCAAGAACGACUCUUUUUUCUUGGGUCUGAGCCAAGAAGGUUAAAACAGGACCAGAAUUUGAAUUGGGUUUGAUCCGAAAUGUCGACCCAGAACCGCCGUUCAGCAUUUCCGUCGUCUCUGGCAAAACGACAGGCGUUGUCUUCGUCUUCGUCUACAUCGGGGAAUGUUGGGAAGGUUGUGGCAGCUGAGCCGCACUUGGCUAAGAAGCGAGCGCCUCUCAGUAACCUGACGAAUCGAAACAGUGUGUCUAACAACGGUUUACGGAGCUCAGGGGGGUCAUCAUGCACUCUGGUACCCUGCACAAAUAAGAUCGCCAAAGUGAAAAAGGGACCUCCUGCUUGCACUGGUAACAAAGGCGUCUCAGCGAGUAGCCUACCUGCAUCCUUCAAUGUCAAACCAAGUGCAGUUGUUCUUCCAAAGGUUACACCUGCCCCAAGAAGCGACGAAGCAGUCCCUAGCUCUUUUGCCUUACCUGGACCAUGCAGCAUGGAUGUUUCUCCAAGUAAAUCAGAUGGAAACUCAGUUUCCAUGGAUGAGACAAUGUCAAGUUGUGAUUCUUUUAAGAGUCCGGAAGUUGAAUACAUAGACAACAAUGAUGUUCCAGCAAUUGAUUCUAUUAACCGGAAGACAUUCAGCAAUCUCUACAUUUCAGACCAUGCGGAAACAACAGGGGUUGCCUGCAAACGAGAAGUACUUGUGGAGUUGGAAGCAGAGGAUAAAAUUGCUGAUUUGGAUAACAGUUUAAUGGAUCCUCAGCUUUGUGCAACCAUUGCCUGUGAUAUUUACAAGCACUUGCGUGCAUCUGAGGCAAAGAAGAGGCCUUCCACAGAUUUCAUGGAGAAAACUCAGAAAGAUAUAAAUCCCAGCAUGCGGGCAAUACUAAUUGAUUGGCUUGUGGAGGUGGCUGAAGAAUACAGGCUUGUACCUGAUACAUUAUAUUUGACUGUGAAUUACAUAGACCGAUAUCUUUCAGGGAAUCCGAUGAAUAGACAACGAUUACAGUUACUUGGUGUUGCCUGCAUGAUGAUUGCUUCAAAAUAUGAGGAGAUAUGUGCACCCCAGGUGGAAGAGUUUUGUUACAUUACUGAUAACACAUAUUUCAAGGAAGAGGUGUUGCAAAUGGAAUCUGAUGUUUUGAAUUACUUGAAGUUUGAAAUGACAGCCCCCACAACUAAAUGCUUUUUAAGGCGAUUCGUGCGUGCUGCUCAAGGAGCCAAUGAGGGUAUAUCAAUGCAUUUGGAGUGCUUAGCAAACUACCUUGCAGAAUUAUCACUUCUAGAGUACAGCAUGCUUGGUUAUGCCCCAUCACUUGUAGCUGCUUCUGCAAUUUUCUUGGCCAACUUUAUACUUCUUCCUUCAAAGAGACCAUGGAAUGCCACAUUGCAGCAUUACACUCUUUAUCAGCCGUCGGAUUUGCGUGACUGUGUCAAGGAUCUCCAUCGCCUAUGUUGUAACAGCCAGAGUUCUAGUUUACCUGCUAUCAGGGAGAAAUACAGUCAACAUAAGUAUAAACAUGUUGCGAAGAAGUACUGCCCGCCAACAAUACCUUCAGAGUACCAAACUUAAGGGCACUAAACAUUUACAUUACUCUUCCAAUGUUCUGUUGGAUGAACUUCUGGUGACUUAACUUGUAGCAGCCUUUUUCCUACAUUGUAAAUUUUUUUUCCCUCUUUUAUUUAUUUAUUUGGGUUUGUAUCUUCAGCAUGCCAAUAGUUUUGUGCGCAUUGGGGCCUAGUGCUGACUGUAGUGUUUUAGUAAACCAAAGCUCAAUCUAGUUGAUCAGCUUGUAUCUUGUUCUUGCUA